UGGAUCCGCGUGAAGGGGCUGGAGUUCGUGCUCAUUCACCAGCGCUGGGUGUUCGUGUGCCUCUUCCUGCUGCCGCUCUCGCUCAUCUUCGACAUCUACUACCACGUGCGCGCCUGGGUGGUGUUCAAGCUCAGCAGCGCGCCGCGCCUCCACGGGCAGCGCGUGCGGGACAUCCAGAAGCAGGUACGAGAAUGGAAGGAGCAAGGCAGCAAGACCUUCAUGUGCACAGGGCGCCCUGGCUGGCUCACAGUCUCGCUCCGGGUUGGGAAGUACAAGAAGACACACAAAAACAUUAUGAUUAACCUGAUGGACAUUCUGGAGGUGGACACCAAGAAACAGAUUGUCCGUGUGGAGCCCUUGGUGACCAUGGGUCAGGUGACAGCCCUGCUGACCUCCAUUGGCUGGACCCUGCCUGUGUUGCCGGAGCUCGAUGACCUCACAGUGGGGGGCUUGAUCAUGGGCACUGGCAUCGAGUCUUCGUCCCACAAGUAUGGCCUAUUCCAGCACAUCUGCACCGCCUACGAGCUGAUCCUGGCCGACGGCAGCUUUGUGCGAUGCACUCCAUCAGAAAACUCAGACCUGUUCUACGCUGUGCCCUGGUCAUGUGGGACCCUGGGCUUCCUGGUGGCCGCGGAGAUUCGCAUCAUUCCCGCCAAGAAGUACGUCAAGCUGCGGUUUGAACCCGUGCGGGGCCUAGAGGCGAUCUGUGACAAGUUCAAGCAUGAGUCCCAGAAGCAGGAGAACCACUUUGUGGAAGGGCUGCUCUACUCCCUGGAUGAGGCUGUCAUCAUGACAGGGGUCAUGACAGACGAUCUGGAGCCCAGCAAGCUGAAUAGCAUUGGCAAUUACUACAAGCCCUGGUUCUUCAAGCACGUGGAGAACUACCUGAAGACAAACCGAGAGGGCCUGGAAUACAUCCCCUUGAGACACUACUACCACCGGCACACGCGCAGCAUCUUCUGGGAGCUCCAGGAUAUCAUCCCCUUCGGCAACAACCCUAUCUUCCGCUACCUCUUUGGUUGGAUGGUGCCUCCCAAGAUCUCCCUCCUGAAGCUGACCCAGGGCGAGACCCUGCGCAAGCUGUAUGAGCAGCACCACGUGGUGCAGGACAUGUUGGUGCCCAUGAAGUGCAUGAUGCAGGCCCUGCACACCUUCCAGAAUGACAUCCACGUGUACCCCAUCUGGCUGUGCCCCUUCAUCCUUCCCAGCCAUCCUGGCCUGGUGCACCCCAAGGGAGACGAGACUGAGCUCUAUGUGGACAUUGGAGCUUACGGGGAGCCACGCGUGAAACACUUUGAAGCCAGGUCCUGCAUGAGGCAGUUAGAGAAGUUCGUCCGAAGUGUGCAUGGGUUCCAGAUGCUGUAUGCUGAUUGCUACAUGGACCGUGAGGAGUUCUGGGAGAUGUUUGACGGCUCCCUGUACCACAAGCUGCGGGAGCAGCUCAACUGCCAGGACGCCUUCCCUGAGGUGUAUGACAAGGUCUGCAAGGCCGCCAGGCACUGAGCCGGAGCCCGCCUGCAAAGAGACAGACCUGCGAUGGUCCCUGCCCCAAGGCCAGGAGGCGUCUUCCCCUUACUCAAGCUUGGCUACUCUCCCAGAUCCACACUUUCAGUAACAAACCCCUCCAGAAAUCCCACGCAGACAGCCCUGACGGGCUGCUCCCAGCUUCCAAGGGCUCCUCGUGGAGUGAGAAGGACAUGGGAUUUGGAGUCAGGUGAACCCGAGUCUAGUUCCCGGUUCAGCCACUCAUUCACUGUGUGACUUUGGGUGAGUUGCGUAGCCCUUCUGAGCUUGGCUCUUCAUCUCUGGACAAGGGGUAACAGUAUCUGCCUACAGGCUGUGGUAGUUAUUGAUUCCCGUUCAGCAUCACAUCUGACAAGUGCUCUGGAUUUGGUAGGUUGAGUCCCAGAGGCUCCACAUUAGGUCACCUGGGCAUAGGCUUGGCUGGAAUGAUGAAAGGAUGCCCUGGAGUUGCACUGCUAUUGCUCAGUCAGCCAGAAUUGCUCCUCACAGGGAGAAGGGAGGUUCCCCUCCAUCCCUGGGGUCUCAGGAGGUAACAGAUGGGCGGGCAGGCCCAAGACAAGCUGUGCCAAAGCCAGGUCCAAUCCCAAAGUUUCCUCUGCCGUCCUUGGUGAUGUCCUGCCCCCCUCUCUCCACACUCAGGCUUGCAUGCCGCCCCAGCCGUCACCUAGUCUACUAGAGGACCGUGUCCCUGGGAAAGACAUUUCAGGGUUGAAACCUAUCCCAGCCUAGGCCUGGGAUACCCGCCCAGGUGGAAUGAGUGGUUUCUGCUCUCAAUUGAAUCCAGAGGAUCUGGACUCCCUCUUUGCUUUCCAACCCUUUAUGCCUCUCAUCCCCAGAACCUACUUAGAUGUGGUGGGGUGAGCUCAUGCUGCUCUGGGGCAUUGGGGUGGGGUGGACCACACCUGCAGGAAAACAGAGCCCACCAUUGCUAGGUUCCGUGAGGAUUCUCACCGUGGGGCUGGAAGAAUGGUACAUCAGCUUGAUUCCUCCAACCAUUCAUCCAUUCCCUUUUUUUUUCUUUCUCCUCUCCCCCAUCCCCAGCUGUAGUUCAUUUCAGUGCCUUACAAAUUCUAAGCUCAGAGAAGUUAGCUCAGUUUCCAUUGCAGAGGAUAGGGACUCUCCCUGGGUCCUUCCCCACUUAGUAAAGCUUGGUUGUUUAUGCAACUCCAUCUUAGGAACUGCCCAGCCUCAGCUAAAGACCCAGAAUCUGAGAAGGAAUUGUGUCCCGUAAGGGAAGCUGGAGUUAAGUGAGCUGUGCCAGGCAGUGACAUUCUGAGAGACAGAGCACAUUGGACCAGGAGUCAGGAGACCUGGGUUUCAGCCCCUGACGUACUGUCAGUGAGCUGUGCAACUGUGGGCAAGUCAUUUGUUCCUCUGAACUAUAGUUUUCCCGUAUCCAUCACAUCGGUACAGACAAGACCUCCCUGGGGCCCAUUCUGCUGUAGAAGUGCAUGGCUGCCUUAGACCCUGUGGCUGCCUCAUCUGUGCGGAAAGUCAGAGGAAAAAUAAAUGAUCAUGUGGAUACUUGGGGGUGGUCUGUCAUUUAAGGUCCUUCCUUCAGCCCAAGGCCAGCUCUCAUCUCGUUUUCAGAAAGGCUUGCAGGAAGUGUCAGUCCUGUCACUACAGUUUGCCGAAAUCCUCAUUGAGUCAUGCUUUGAAUGUCAGGUGCUUGCCCACUCGACCCAGGGCUUGGCAUGCUGCAGAGUAUCUUAGCAUAAUCCUGUGAGUGCUGGGCACAUUCAUGGCACUCAGAAGGCAAAUGAGCCCCUUUACCCUUUUGGCCUCUGGAGGGGACAUAGGAAAAUAUAAGAAACCUCAUUCUCUAGCUUGUAUGCAAAGCACGUGAAUUCUGGCAUUAGUUCGCAUAGUGGGCCCAUGUGCUUCCCACUCCAGGUUAAACUGAUGAUCCUACUUGCUGUAGAGGAAUGGUUAACCCGGGCAGAUUAACCCAACAGUUUCACCAGUGUGGCCUCCAUCCCUGACCCACUGGGAGUGUGGCCAGAGAUGCCAGCAGCCUCUGUUGUCCUUAGUCCUACAAACCAAAAUCCCGUCCUUCACAGACCCCACCUGGAACCUGGGGCUUGGAAGGAAAGGUCUUGGGAUUGCACCAGCCUCGGGUUAAUGUUUUACUCCAAUAAUGCCUUGCCUGGAAAGGGCAGUCUUCCAAGCAUGCUGAGCUAUCAGCUUUCUCCAGUAGCCAGCCCCAUCACUGUCUGUGUGCUGGUUUUAGACGGAGUUGAACUUCAUUCACACUGGCGGGGGGGCGAUGUGUGGAAAUAAAAGAACAGGCCUCUCCCUCUAGAGCCACGAGUUUCGCGGCUGCAUGAAAGUUUUCUGUAAAAUCAGUUACAGCCAGUUUCUUUGGCUGGAAGGAUGUAUAUUAUUAAAUUGGGUGUUACUAAAAGAGAAGGGAGGGGUGGGGGUGGGGAUGCUGUGUGAUUCUUUUUUUUCCCCCCCCUUUUUGUCAUGGGGCCCAAGGAGAAAGGCAUGAAUCUCCCCUGGCAGGCUCUUGGAACCACAGGCGCUAUGCCUACUGUCCAGAAACGUCAUGCCCCUGUGUAGCCACCGCUUCUGUAAAAAUAAAAGUGUGACCUGGAAA